GUCCCACUCCCUGGGCUCACUCUCCCCUCAAGUCCUCAGCUCCGCAGCUCUUCUUCCUAACUUUCUCGGACUAAUCCCGAACUCCUUUCAGAAACCUCCAACCUCCUGACAACCUCACAACUCUGUAGAAGCUGCAUGUGGCGUCCUUUCCCUGCCCCCUUCCAGCUGUGCCUGCCCCUCACUGCCCUCUUGGCACACAGAUUCUCUGUCCACAAGGCGAGGGAUGUGGGCGGGGGCUGGGGAGGGGCCAGAGUCCCAAUGAAAGGGCCUUUUUCUUUCACAGCUGGGAGAACAGCUGCUACCAAAGCAAGACUGGACACUCUGUGCCCAGAGCCCCCUCUGCAGCUGACCUCCCCUCCUGGGACCCCACACAUCCUCACCUUGCUUUCCUUUUCUUCCCUGCCUGGCUCCCACCAGGGCCUUGAAACAGCAUUAGGGGAGGAAAAUUUGUCACAGCAGCCAGAGGGGUCUAACAGGAGUGCAGAGGGGCAGAGGGCAGAAGACCUGGCCACCUUUCAAGACCGAGGGAGCAGUGGGAGGAGGAAUUGUGGGACAGCGUGGUGCCUACCUGCUCCCUCUCUGGAGGGGUCAACAAGGGAAGGGGCACUGGGGGGUACAGAGAUGCAGGACAGAUUGCAUAUCCUGGAGGACCUGAAUAUGCUCUACAUUCGGCAGAUGGCACUCAGCCUGGAGGACACAGAGUUGCAGAGGAAGCUAGACCAUGAGAUCCGGAUGAGGGAAGGGGCCUGCAAGCUACUGGCAGCCUGCUCCCAGCGAGAGCAGGCUCUGGAGGCCACCAAGAGCCUGCUGGUGUGCAACAGCCGCAUCCUCAGCUACAUGGGCGAGCUGCAGCGACGCAAGGAGGCGCAGGUGCUGGGGAAGACAGUCCGGCGGCCUUCUGACAGCAGGCCACCUGCUGAGCGCUCCCCCUGCCGUGGCCAGGUCUGCAUCUCUGACCUCCGGAUUCCUCUCAUGUGGAAGGACACAGAAUAUUUCAAGAACAAAGGUGACCUGCAUCGCUGGGCUGUGUUCCUGCUGCUGCAGCUAGGGGAACACAUUCAGGACACAGAGAUGAUCCUGGUAGACAGGACCCUCACAGACAUCUCCUUUCAGAACAAUGUGCUCUUCACAGACGCAGGACCAGACUUUGAACUGCGGCUGGAGCUGUAUGGGGCCUGUGUGGAAGAAGAGGGGGCUCUGGCUGGUGCCCCUAAGAGGCUUGCCACCAAACUCAGCAGCUCUCUGGGCCGCUCUUCGGGGAGGCGUGUCCGGGCCACGCUGGACAGUGCUGGGGGCUCGGGGAGCAGUCCCAUCCUGCUCCCCACCCCGGCUGUGGGUGGUCCUCGUUACCACCUCUUGGCUCACACCACGCUCACCCUGGCAGCAGUGCAAGAUGGGUUCCGCACACAUGACCUCACCCUUGCCAGUCAUGAGGAGAACCCUGCCUGGCUGCCCCUUUAUGGUAGCGUGUGUUGCCGCCUGGCAGCUCAGCCUCUCUGCAUGACUCAGCCCACUGCAAGUGGUACCCUCAGGGUGCAGCAAGCUGGGGAGCUGCAGAACUGGGCACGAGUGCAUGGAGUACUGAAAGGCACAAACCUCUUCUGUUACCAGCGACCUGAGGAUGCAGACACUGGGGAACAGCCGCUGUUUACUAUUGCAAUCAACAAGGAGACUCGAGUCCGUGCAGGGGAGCUAGACCAGGCCUCAGGACGGCCCUUCACCCUAAGCAUCAGUAACCAGUAUGGGGAUGACAAGGUGACGCACACCCUUCAGACAGAAAGUCGGGAAGCCCUGCAGAGCUGGAUGGAGGCUCUGUGGCAGCUCUUCUUUGACAUGAGCCAGUGGAAGCAAUGCUGUGAUGAACUCAUGAAAAUUGAAACUCCUGUUCUCCGGAAACCGCCCCAAGCACUGGCCAAGCAGGGGUCCUUGUACCAUGAGAUGGCAAUUGACCCACUGGAUGACAUCGCAGCAGUGACAGACAUCCUGGCCCAGCGGGAGGGCACAAGGCUGGAGACUCCCCCACCCUGGCUAGCAAUGUUUACAGACCAAUCUGCCUUGCCUAGCCCCUGCUCGCCUGCUUCAGUGGCUCCAGCCUGGACCCACCCCCUGCCCUGGGGGAGACCCCGAACCUUUUCCCUGGAUGCUGUCCCUCCAGACCACUCCCCUGGGGCUUCUCGCUCGGUUGCUCCUCUCCCCCCGCAGCGAUCCCCACGGUCCAGAGGCUUCUGCAGCAAAGGCCCACCCCGCACUUGGCUCCAGUCACCAGUGUGAGAGAAAAAGGUGUUGACAACAGGAUCUGGCCAGAAGAGAAAAUGACCCAUGUGCAAUUGGGCUGUGGAUAUGGCACUGUGUGUAUCAAGUUGGCCAGCUUGGCUUCCUCUUCCUCUGCUGGACUGGGGGUAGACUGGGGAGGUGGGAGCAGAAGCCCCUCUUAAGUUGUGGUUGCCAUGGUACUGAGAGACUCAUUCCCAGGGCUGGCUGGGAUCCCCUAAACCCUUCCUGGGAGAAAACUGGAACCAACCCUGCCCUAACUCCCUGCACUAACCAGCUUUGAGGAUGGCACUGAAGAGCCCUGAGAGGGAAUGUACCUCCCUUGUGACUCCCACAUCAAUCAUUAAAGUUAUUUAACAUUAACAGCA